UCCAAUCAGCAGCCAGUCGCGGGCCGAGCCGCGGAGGGCUUACCGAAAAGAGGGAAACUGUGAGACAAGUUCCAUCGGAGGCGACUUUUACACCACCGCAUUUCCUGGGAUUACCACGCCAUGACGACAUACACGGAUAAAGGUCCAAAACCGGACGGCGGCAAGUUUGUUCACUUCGACCACAUCACCUUCUGGGUGGGCAAUGCCAAGCAGGCGGCUUCCUACUACUGCACCCACAUGGGCUUCACGCCGCACUCGUACUCCGGCCUGGAGACGGGCAGCUGCGAUGUCGUCUCUCACUGCAUCGGCCAGAACGACAUCCGCUUGGUGUUCAAGUCGCCACUGCGGCCGGGCAACACCGAGAUGGGCGAGCACAUGACCCAGCAUGGCGACGGCGUCAAGGACGUGGCCUUCACCGUCGAGGACCUGGACACCAUAGUCCUGCAUGCGAAGAAGAGAGGCGCAACAAUCGUGAAAGAUAUCUGGGAGGAGAGCGACGAGGGUGGCACAGUUCGAUUCGCCGUCGUGCAAACGUACGGUGACACAACGCACACGCUGGUGGAGCGCGGCACGUACAGCGGCCUGUUCCUGCCCGGUUACCACAAGCCGGUAGUCGCCGCGAGCCGACUGCUGGCUACGCUGCCCACCGUCGGCUUGCGCUUCAUCGACCACGUGGUCGGCAACCAGCCCGACCUGCAGAUGGACAACGUGGCCAACUGGUACGAGCGCUCGCUCACAUUUCACCGCUUCUGGUCCAUCGACGACAAGCAGCUGCACACGGAUUUCUCGGCACUGCGCUCGGUGGUCGUCACCAACUGGGACGAGACAAUCAAGAUGCCCAUCAACGAGCCGGCGCCGGGCAAGAGGAAGUCCCAGAUCCAGGAGUACGUCGACUUCUACGGCGGCGCUGGCGUACAGCACAUCGCGCUCAACACUAGCGACAUCAUCAGCGCAAUACGCAGCAUGAAAGCCCGCGGCCUGGAGUUCCUCACCAUCCCCGACACCUACUAUGAACAGCUUCGCGAGCAGCUCAAGCAUUCCAAGGUCAAGGUGGAGGAGGACCUGGAUGUCCUGCAGGAGCUGAACAUCCUAAUCGACUACGACGAUAAUGGAUACCUCCUGCAGAUAUUCACCAAAAUCAUGCAGGACCGGCCAACGCUGUUCAUGGAAACCAUUCAGCGGCACAACCACCAGGGCUUCGGAGCCGGAAACUUCAAGGCGCUGUUCACGGCGAUCGAGAUCGACCAGGCACGGCGCGGGAAUCUGUGAGCGGCGCGAGGAUGGACGGAGCGGGGCCGGCGGGCGCCUGCGAGCGGCGCGUGACGGCGGCCGCGAACGCAGCCAGGCGCGCCAAGACUUCAGUGCCAUUAUCUCGCACGUGCCCACUCACGGCAGUGUUCGGUAGAUUCAAUCACGGCAGUGUUCGGUACUCACCCACGUAUGCCCAGUGCGAGGCAGACACUCCUGCGGAGAGUCGCCGGGUGUCGUCUGUGUAAUCUCUAACAAAGGUUGCGGGCGGGUUAGCUGUGUCGUUCCCAGACAUACGUCAGCCAAUACAUGUUCACACAAACAAG